CAGGACGUAUUUGGGCAAGUGCUUCAGUGCCGCACUGGCCACUGCUUUAUAGGCGAGUACUACCACCAGUUCCUUCCCGCUGAGCCCGAUGACUGCCCUUGUGGCCAUCCCACCCAGACACGCGCCCAUAUUCUCCAGGACUGCCCCCGGUACGCGCCGCACCGGCACGUCCUCCGGGCGGCGAGCCGGACGAUCGACCUGCCCACCAUCUUGGGCACCAAAGACGGGAUCACAGCGCUCGCGACGUUCAUCGCGCGCAGCGGGGCCUUCACGAAGACGGGCCCGCCCCGCCCCGCCCCUGCGGAGGAGGCGACGGAGGCGCAGGACGCCGAGGACGCGGCGGAUGACGACCCUGGCGACGAG